CUAAAAGACUUGCUGGAAAACGACUUUCUUUUUUUUUUCUUCCAUUUACGAAGAACUAUUUCUUUUUACUCUCAAAAUAAAAAAAAAUACGAAAAAAUUCAAUUUACUUAUUUUCAAAGUCCAUGAGUGCUACGUCAUCUUUUGGAAGUUCGGAUCUUUUUCAAUCUGAAAAAGAAAAAGAGAUGGACUACGAACUCGCAUGGAUUGAUUGGUUUUUGUGCUUGGAGGGAAAUGAAGUAUUCGUUGAGGUUGAUACAGAAUAUAUUCGUGAUAGCUUCAAUUUAACUGGUUUGGAAACAAGUGUUAAACAUUUUGAAAAAGCUCUGGGUAUAAUUUUGGAUGAAGACAUUGAUGUUGACGAGUCUUUCAAUGAAGAGGAAAAUAGUUCCUCAGACUACUCAUUAUUCGCAUCUUCAUCAAGUAUUGAAGAUGCUCCAAUUUUGUACGGUUUAAUUCAUGCACGAUACAUUCUGACCAUUAAAGGGAUGGCCGCUAUGCUUGAAAAAUUUAGUUGUUAUGUUUUUGGAUUGUGCCCUAAUGUUAAUUGUAAAGGAAGACCUGUCCUCCCUAUUGGUUUAUCCGAUACAUUGGGUGUGUGCAAAGCAAAAGUUUUUUGUCCUACUUGUAAUGAAAUUUAUUUGCCUAGUGUGCACCGUUUAGCAAUGCUUGAUGGGGUUUUCUUCGGAACAUCGUUUCCUCAUCUUUUUUUUAUGUAUUACAAAGACUUGGUUCCAGAAACUCCCAUACGUUACCAUAUUCCUAAACUUUUUGGAUUUAAUAUGUGGCAUGGAGUUCGUGAUUUUUUGAGAAUUCAAUUAGGAGAUGAAGAUGAAAAAAAAAAAUCAGAUCUUGUUCGAAAACUUCCGGCUUGCGUUCCUAGUAUAAAAUGAUUCAAAACAUUUUGUUGGUGUAUGUCGCAAUUACAAACAGAAAAAGAAAUGUUUAAACAUGAACUUUUUUUUUCUUAUUUAACAACAAAAAAAAAGACUUAAAAUUUAAACAAAAAAUUACAAACACUC